AUGCUAUUUCCUCGCGUGAGGACCCCCGGUAUUCGACUCCGGGCUACGCAUCCACACACACAACAUUGGAACCAUAUUCACCCCACAUCGUACGCCGGUACAGCUUCGUUCUCGACGUCGCAAACUAGACGCGCAACAAGCCGUGAACCCAACCACUAUGAAGUCCUCGAAGUACCCAUAACGGCGUCAGCAGCGGAGAUCAAAAAAAAUUUCUAUGCCCUCUCCCUCCGCCACCAUCCAGACCGCAACCGCAACGACCCAAAGGCCUCCUCACGCUUCGCCCGAAUCUCCUCCGCCUACGAAAUACUCAGCAACCACACCAAACGCGCCGCCUACGACCGUGAACAUGGGAUCAUAGCCCACCAUUCAACACACAGCACCGCAAACCCUGGCCAACACCCCAUGGGCAGCCACAUUCCGUGGGCCGCCCCCCAGUUCUAUGCGCAUGGGGGGUACGGGAAUAGGAAGGCUCCCCGGGGAGCGUCGUCGUCUUCGGCUGCGGGCGGCUGGAGCGAGCAUGAUCCUACGGCAUUUAUUUAUCGAAACCCUGUGAAUCAUUUUGAUGCGCCGGGGCAUUAUAAGACACAGUCAGCUGAGGAUGCGAGGCGGAAGGAGAGGCGGUCGAAGGAGAUGGGUGCGGAGAUGAAUGAUCGGUAUAUUGGAAGUCGCGGAGAUUUUGCUGUGCGGUUUAUUAUCGUUUGCGGCAUUCUGGUGGGCGCUGGGUCUAUGACGGGUUUUAUCGGUUGGCCUGGGGAACGGGGCACCAAGGCUAGCGGUAGUAAACCGGCUCGGCGGAAAGAAGAGUGA